AGCCCUCUACAGGGACGUCAUGCAGGAGAACUAUGAGACGGUGACCUCGCUGGGAUUCCCCCUUCCCAAACCUGACCUGAUCAGCCAGCUGGAACGAGGGGAAGAGCCGUGGGUGCCCGAUCUCCAGUCCUGUGAGAGAAGAGAGAUUCCAAGAGGUGCCCACACAGCAGGUGACGAGACAGUGAGUGAGACCGAGGAGGGGAAUCAAGAGAAGGAAGUUCCUGGGCACAGAGAAUCACAGGGGACCUUUUUGGGAAGAGCUGAAGGGAAUUUUUCCCAGUGCUGGGAACAGGGAGAUGAUGGGGAAAAUUGGCGGAGGUCAGAUAGGCUUCCGGGAAAUCACUCAAGGAAGCAAAUGGAUAAAUCUAGUAUAUGUGGGAAAGGACACAGCGAUCCCACAGCCCGACAGACAACCUCCAAGAAAGACAAAAGUUAUGAAUGCCCUGGUUUUGGGAAAGGAAUCGUUCUGAAACCACAGCUUGUUACACCUCAGGAAAUCCAAACUGGAAAGAAAUCACUUCAAUGCUUGGACCGUGGGGAAAGCUUCAAUAACUGCUCAGAUCUUAAUAACCAUGGGAGAAGCCACACAGGAGAGAGACCCUCUCAGUGCCUUGAGGGCAGGAAUUGUUUAAAUUUGAAGUCAACACUGAUUACACACCAGACAGUCCACACUAGAGAGAGACCCCAUAAGUGCUUAGACUGUGGAAAAAGUUUCAUACAGAAGUCACACCUUGUUGCACAUCAGGUAAUCCACACUGGAGAGAGACCCCAUCAGUGCUUAAUCUGUGGGAAAAAUUUCGUAUGGAGGUCAGCCCUACUUAGUCAUCAGGCAAUCCACACUGGAGAGAGAUCCCAUAAGUGCUUAGACUGUGGAAAAAGUUUCAUACAGAAGUCACACCUUGUUGCACAUCAGGCAGUCCACACUGGAGAGAGACCCCAUCAGUGCUUAAUCUGUGGGAAAAAUUUGAAACGGAGGUCAACCCUUCUUAUACAUCAAGCAGUCCACACUGGAGAGAGAUCCCAUAAGUGCUUAAUCUGUGGAAAAAGUUUCAUAUGGAGGUCAGGCCUUGUUUUUCAUCAGAGAAAACACACGGGAGAGAGACCUCAUCAGUGCUUAGAGUGUGGAAAAAGUUUCAUAGAGAGGUCAGGCCUUGCUAAACAUCAGAUAAUCCACACAGGAGAGAGAUCCCAUAAGUGUUUGGACUGUGAGAAAAGUUUCACACAAAGAUCAUAUCUUAUGGAACAUCAGAAAAUCCACACUGGAGAGAGACCCCAUAAGUGCUUAGACUGUGGAAAAAGUUUCAUACAGAGGUCAGCCCUUGUCAAACAUAAGGCAAUCCACACUGGAGAGAGACCCCAUAAGUGCUUAGACUGUGGAAAAAGUUUCAUGCAGAAAUCAACCCUUCUUAUUCAUCAGGCAAUCCACACUGGAGAGAGACCCCACAAAUGCUUAGACUGUGGGAAAAGUUUUAUACAGAGAUCAGCCCUUCUUCUUCAUCAGGCAGUCCACACUGGAGAGAGACCCCAUGAAUGCUUAAUCUGUGGGACAAGUUUCAUACGGAGGUCAGACCUUGUUAAACAUCAGGAAAUCCACACUGGAGAGAGACCCCAUGAAUGUUUAGACUGUGAAAAAAGUUUUGUACGGCGGUCAAGCCUUCUUGCACAUCAAAAAAUCCACACCGGAGAAAGACCCCAUAAGUGCUUAGAGUGUGGGAAAAGUUUCAUACGGAGACCUGGCCUUGUUAAACAUCAAGCAAUCCAUACAAGAGAGAGACCAUAAGAGUUCUGAAAGUGUGUAAAUGCUAUUUGGGACCAUUCCAAGAAAUAGAGACUAGAGCUUUGAAAUGUAACCUGGUGUUGUUAAGAAAUUGAAAGGAGAUAGUCGUGCUGUUGAUUAAUUGCAAUUAACUCACGUGAUUAACUCAAAAAAAAUUCAUCGUGGUUAGAAAUAUUAAUCUUGAUGAAUCACAUUGUUAAACAAUAGAAGAGCAAUUGGAAU